UUUUCCUCGUGCGACUCAGAACGUGGGAUUAGGAUACGAUCUCUCUUCGUCUGUAAGAAAUAUUGAGUCGGAUGGCGAAAGAGAUCGACAUGUUGACGAUACAAGAGAUUUGGAUCAAGGUAGACGGACUUCUGAGGAAAGUCAAGAGAGUAGAGAAAGUAAAGGAAUGAGUGACGAAACUGCUGAAGUGGAAAUUGCCACUCCUGUUUUAUCUCUCGCUCAUAGAGAUUAUGGGUUUUUAGGAGGGUUUGAUUUAGGUUCUAUGGGAUCUGCUAGGUUGAAUGGAGAUUUAUCACCAAGGAUGUUAUUGGGACAAAGUCAAUUACCAAGUCCUCCAGCGACUGAUACGGAUGGUAGUCAGGGGGGAUCAAGACCAGAGUCGCAAGACAUUCGUAUUUCUCAAGUCUACUCUGGUCGUGGAAUACCCGUAACCGCCACGAUUCACUCUUUGACAAAACACCGCUCUCAAAUCCCGGUCACCUCACUGACCUCACCUUCACCCGACACUUUGCCAACUCCACAUUCAAACCUUACCACUUCACCAGCAUUCAGCUUUAUCGGUGAUUUCCCAAGUCCACCUAAUAUUUCUUCUUUUGUCGAUAAACGUCCUAGUUAUCCUACUGUUCCUCUUCCAAAAACACCCCUAUUAUCAUCCUCUAUAAACACUUCGACCACACCGCAACAUAACACCCCUGAAACUCACACAUCCCUCUCUCAUACUCCAAAAGCACACCCAUCAUCAGCAGCCGUCACUGGUGACGCUGAACACUCCGUUCAGUCAGAGAGUCAUUCAAACGAGAAUCACCCAAUUCCUGCUUCUCCAAACCCGACACUUGGACCAGGAACGGCUUCGGUCCCGUUACCGGACGACGCGUUCGAUCUGACUUUCUGAGUUGGGGCACAUGAUGACGCAGAGUGUAGAGACAGAGAUGACGAAGAGUAGAGGAGCGUUUGGUCAGAUUGUCACGGGUCCACCUGGGGCGGGAAAGACUACUUAUUGUUAUGGCAUGUAUCAGUUUCUCACAGCUCUCGGACGUCCCGUACACGUCAUCAACCUCGACCCCGCCGUUCCCAACCCACCUUAUCCAUGCAAACUCAACAUCUCCGAACUCAUCACACUCGAUCAGGCUAUGGACGAACAUGGACUCGGACCGAAUGGUGCCAUGUUGUAUUGUAUCGAAUAUCUAGAGGAAAAUUUCGAUUGGUUGGAGGAAAAAUUGAAUGGGUUGAUAGGUCAGGAUGGGGACGGGUAUGUGAUAUUUGAUACGCCUGGACAGGUGGAAUUGUGGACGAAUCAUGAGAGUUUGAAGAGGAUUAUUGGAAGAUUAGGUCAGAUGGAGUAUAAGCUCGCUGCCGUCCAUCUGUCCGACGCACAUUACAUCACCGACGCGUCCAAAUUCAUCUCGGUCGUACUCCUUGCCAUGCGAGCGAUGCUCCAGCUCGAGCUGCCGCAUAUCAAUGUGUUGUCGAAAAUUGACCUGUUGGCGGGUUACGGACCAUUACCUUUUGAUCUGAAAUACUUUACCGAGGUUCAGGAUUUAUCUUACCUUCUUGGUACGCUUAACAAAGACCCUAGAUCGGCACGGUAUAGAAGGUUGAACAAGGCUUUAGUAGAGCUUAUAGAUGAUUAUCAACUUGUGGGGUUUGAGCCAUUAGCCGUUGAGGACAAAACAACAAUGAUGAAACUUCUCCGAUUAUUAGAUAAAGCGACUGGUUAUGUGUUCAUCCCAUCCGACACCGAAGUCCCAGAUCCAAACGGCAUGUUGUCGACAGCUGCUGGGCCCAUGCCUGCGUAUCUGGGUGAUGUGGAUGACGUACAAGAACGAUGGGUGGACAGGAAAGAAGAGUAUGACGAGGCGGAGAGAGAAGAAUGGGCUAUGGAAGCUGGGAUCAGGGCGAGGAAAGAGGAGGCGGAAUUUGGACAGGAUAGACGGACUCGGAGAGCGAUGUGAGAGGUUAUACCGGUUUCAUUUCAUUUUGGGUUUGUAUUGUCAUGAAAUAAUGUGUGUUUG